AGUAUUUUUGUGACCAUAUAUACAGUCUCUGAAGUGUGGGCUCAUUCAGCUCAGGAACAGAUUCCCAAGGUGGUGUAACCAUCGGUAUCAUCAUGAAGAUGAAAGCCUUCCUUGUUCUUGUGGUGAAUUUGGCAGUUGUGUCUGCAGCUAAAAUAAAUAAGGCAGAAACACUGGAUAUUGAUGCAGGGGAAAGUGCAGACGCAAAAAAAGAAUUAUUGUACGAUGACAUUCUUGAGCCUCCAUCACAUAGGAGUACCAUCAUUGGAGGCAAUGAUAAUCUGUGGACCUCUCCAGUCCCAUAUGUCUUACACGAAAGUCUAGACUUAAAUGCCAAAGGAGUCAUCAUGAGAGCAUUUGACCAAUUCAGGCUGAAAACCUGCAUCGACUUCAAACAAUGGGAUGCCGAGGAGUAUUAUAUCACUAUCCAAAAGUUAAUCGGGUGUUACUCAUAUGUUGGGCGAGUUUCCCCCAACGGACAGGUCCUCUCCAUUGGUUCAGGCUGUGAUUACAUCGCUACUGUUGAACACGAGUUUCUUCACGCUCUCGGCUUCAACCACGAACAGUCCAGAUAUGACAGAGAUGAUUAUGUGACCAUAGUAUGGGGCAACAUUCGUGAAGGUAAGGAGAACAAUUUCGACAAAGUCAGCAGCGAUGUAAGUACCACCCACGGAACGCCAUACGACUACAUGUCAGUGAUGCACUAUGACAACAAUGCAUUCACCAACGGAAACGGCUCCACCAUCAUCACCAAAGACCCAAAGUUUGAAGAUGUAAUUGGACAAAGACUGGAAAUGAGCUAUUAUGAUGCCCAGGAGUUAAACAGUCUCUACAAAUGUAACUCAACCAUUGCCUUCAAGAUGUACUGUGGCUUUUCUGAUGGGACCAUGUGCAGAAUGGAUCGUUGUUCCCAGGGUAACAAUAGCUGGGAACUGGUAACACAAGUUUCUGGAGGUCCAAAUUCUGAUCACACGACUUUACCCAGUGGAAGCAAAAACUAUGGUGGAGAAGUAGGCUACUUCAUGCAUGUUAGCACAGCAACCGGUCAGGAGGGAGACACGGCACAACUGGAAACUCAGAGGAUGACUCCCAAAAGAGACUGCCAUAUCCAGUGUCUGCAGUUCUACUAUUACCACAGUGGAGAUGAGUCUGAUGUUCUCAACAUCUGGAUCAGAGAGUUUGAGAAUGAACAGGACUCAACAGGAACCCGACGCCUCAUGGGGCAGAUCACUGGUUCCAAAACAUCUCACUGGAAGCUUCAUCAUGUUUCUCUAAAUGCGACUAAGAACUUCCAGGUGGUGUUUGAAGCUCAGAAUGGAGUAGGACGCUCUACAGGAGGCUUCUCAGUUGAUGACAUCAAUUUGCAUGAAACCGAGUGUCCACAUUUAACACUGCAGAUUGAUGACUUUCAGACAGUCCUGGAGACCACUACAGCCAGAAUAUACAGUUCACGGCAGUACUCCAGUGAGGGUUAUGCUUUCCGGUUUGGUGCUUUGUUUUUUGGGACACAUUUUGGACUGUAUAUGCAGCUCCUGUCUGGUGAUUAUGAUGAUCAACUGGACUGGCCUUGCUUACGUAGACAAAUGACUUUUCAAAUGCUCGAUCAAACACCAAACAUUCAGCAACAGAUGGCUAAACGAUGGAGUUUCACCACUAACGAAUAUCACGUCGACCCCAAUGGUGUCAAUUACUUUGACAACCCACGCAAGAUUGGAUCUGCAGUGUUCACAGAUGAGAAUAAUAAGCAGGUCUAUGGUGGAAUUCUUUAUGGAUUAUAUAGGUUUUCAACUUUGGAAGAAAUGCAAAACAGAGAGUUCCUCAAAGGAGGGAGUGCUGUUUUUACCCUCAACUUUCAAGGUGUCUAUAUUGAUGACUUUCAGACAGUCCUGGAGACCACUACAGCCAGAAUAUACAGUUCACGGCAGUACUCCAGUGAGGGUUAUGCUUUCCAGUUUGGUGCUUUCUUUUUUGGGACACAUUUUGGACUGUACAUGCAGCUCCUGUCUGGUGAUUAUGAUGAUCAACUGGACUGGCCUUGCUUACGUAGACAAAUGACUUUUCAAAUGCUGGAUCAAACACCAAACAUUCAGCAACAGAUGGCUAAACGAUGGAGUUUCACCACUAACGAAUAUCACGUCAACCCCAACGGUGUCAAUUACUUUGACAACCCACGCAAGAUUGGAUCUCCAGUGUUCACAGAUGAGAAUAAUAAGCAGGUCUAUGGUGGAGUUCUUUAUGGAUUAUAUAGGUUUUCAACUUUGGAAGAAAUGCAAAACAGAGAGUUCCUCAAAGGAGGGAGUGCUGUUUUUACCCUCAACUUUCAAGAUCUCACUCCACUGGUUAAUGGAAGUACUCUACCAUGUCCACAAGUGAGACCGACGAACUUUGUCCAUCAACCCACGGAUGGAAAUGAAGGGCCAUGUUCAUGGACCCCACCAGCAAACACGACAACCCCACCCACUAUCAUUGAAACUCCCCCCACCAUCAAAACAACUCCGUCUUUACCAGGUCCUCCAACAACAGUUGACGACAGAACCCCACCAGCAAAAACUACAAUCCCACCCACUAUCAUUAAAACCCCACCCACCAUCAUAACAACUCCAUCUCCACCAGAUCCUCCAACAACAGUUAAUGACAGGACCACACCCAAAAAAACAACAACCGCACCAACUAUCAUUGAAACUCCACCCACAAUCAAAAUAACUCCAUCUUUACCAGAUCCCCCAACAACAGUUCAUGACAGGACCCCACCAGCAAAAACUACAAUCCCACCCACUAUGAUUAAAACCCCACCCACCAUCAUAACAACUCCAUCUCCACCAGAUCCUCCAACAACAGUUAAUGACAGGACCCCGCCCCAAAAAAACACAACCCCACCCACUAUCAUUAAAACUCCGCCCACCAUCAAAACAACUCCAUCUCCACCAGAUUCUCCAACAACAAAACAUGAAAGGACCCCGCCGGCAAAAACCACAACGCCACCCAUCAUCAUUGAAACUCCACCCACCAUCACUACAACUCCAUCUCCACCAGAUCCUCCAACAACAGAUGAUGACAGCAUCUUUGACUUUUCUCCAAACAUGAAGCCUUCUGCCAUUCUCAUCUUUCUGCUCGCCGUGAUUCACCUGAUGCCCUGACUGACAUCUCUGUACCUCAUCUUGUAGAAAGUGACUUCAAACAACUUUUUUAUGUUUUGGCAUUAUAACAAGUUUGAUUGAAAACUUUAAAUUUGGGAAUAUAUAUUUAAGGUAAAAUUCCUCAUUUAUUAACCCUCAUGCUCUCCUAUGGGGUCCAGAUGACCCCAACCUUACAUUGACGUGUGAUCCCUCCCAUGGCAAAGGUGAACAGGACUUCAUGUCUGCCACGGACACCAGUGAAGAUCAAAAAUCGUUGAAAAAUAAAGUUCAGCGCACUGUCUUGUGGGGACCAGAUGACCCCACUUUUAAUGUAAACAUGCCAAGGAUAACAGGAGGGUAAAUAGUUCAUGUGGUGUUGACUGGUGAUGGUAACAUAUAUCUUUUAAAUAUGCUUUAGAUUAAUGGAUUUUCUGCCAAUCUACCUUUACUCUGAUUUUAAAGAUUUAUAUAUAACCAUGAUAUGAGGAAGACAAUUAAGAAUGUACUCCUUAAGCGAUGUAAAAUCAGGAUCUAAUUUGUCUUCUUGUAGGCCUACAUAUUUUAUUUUAACUAUGCCUCAUCAUGUUGUGUACUAACAUAUUUAACCUUAUCUGUGUAAAUUUGGGGGGGAAAUAGAAAAAUAAAAUAAAAAGAAGCUUUUACUCUAAA